AUGUCGUCACCGACUAACGAGGUUUCCGACCGACUUCGACGGGCUUAUUCUGCCUUUUUGCUCCAGAUUUCUCGCAAUCUGGAUCAACUUCAGCAGGACGAGCUUCGUUUCUACUGUUCUGGACUAAUACCGACGGAAGAUAAAGGCUCUUUAAACAUUUUACGUUCAUUAGAACAUUUGGGUAAAAUAUCCUGGACCGAUGUUAAUUUCUUGAAAGACGCUUUAAGUGCAAUUAAGAGAUUGGAUCUUGCCACACUGCUAACGACGUUUGAAGUUAGACGCGAUCUGACGCUUCUUCUGCAUUUCUAUGCGAGAAAGAGACUACAACAGGAUCCUGUUUACGUUUCCCACUCGAUGAAAAACGACUGCAUGUCAUUUGUUGACAAUCGUCACGGAAAACGAAAACGAAAGAUGCAGAUUUGA